AUGUCAAGGCAGCCCAUUCUAAUCAAAGAUCUGGUCAAGGGGAACCAAGUGUGGAAAAUGCUCAUUAGAGUAGUUGAUUUGUGGGUUGUUAUUGAAAAAAAUGGGCAUAAACACAUGGAAGCCGUUAUUCAAGAUGGACAGGGUGAUAAGAUUCAUGUGAUAACUCAGAGCAGGGACUUCCAAGAUUGGGUUGAAGUUCUCAAGGAGCAUGAGACCUAUAAUAUAAAUAACAGAGAGCCAGUUGAAAACGAUGUUCCACUGAAGGUGUGUUGUAACCCACUCAAGCUCAUCUUCAAUGGAGGCACCACCAUGACCAAAGUGGCUAUACCUGAAAUACCAGCUCAUAGUUUCAGUUUCUUCCCUAUUGAGAAGUUCCUCAAAGGUGACUACAAACAUGGCAUGUUGUAUGAUAUUUUGAUGAUGCCACUAAGAUUAUCAUACCCUGCAGAUGUGAUUGGGGUGUUACAGGAUGUUUUAAAGACCCAGAUGGGAGGUGGGGGAAGAAAGUCUUGCGUCAAUGUCAAUUUACGUGAUGUACAUGGGAAUGUCAUUGAGCUGGUACUAUGGGAUGAUUAUGCUAAGCAGUUUGUGAACUACACUACCCCUAACAACUUUUCUGGUCCUACUUUAAUAGUCCUGACACAUGCAUGGUGCAAGCCAAAUACAGUUUCGGGUUUACCGUCUCUUUCCAAUGCAUGGAACGACUCUAGGCUUUACUUUAACUUGGAUCAUCCACAAGUUGUUAAAUACAAAGCAAGCUUUGGAGACAACAUGCCUGCCCCUUCCCAAUCAAUGACUUGCGAUUCAUCCGUUCAAUCUAGCAACAAUUUUUGGACUAAACUGAGUGAGGUCAAAAGUGUUCGUGCAAUAUCUGAAUUUGGAAAGGACUGCUAUGCAACAACUAUUGGGACGACCAUAGGUUUUAAUGCCUCAAAGUUUGGAUGGUAUUUUGAAUCGACUGGAAACACAGAGGCUGAAACCGUUACCAAGUAA